CUUGCCUGCCAAUGGAUGCCACACAACCUAGAGGAGGUAGAAGAAGAAGAAGAGGGGGGAAGUAAUCUUUCAACCCACUUUUUACUUGCAGGUAAAAAAGGAGGCCAUAAAGGCCGAGCGCGGCAGUAUACAAGCCCGGAAGAGAUCGAUGCCCAGCUGCAGGCCGAGAAACAGAAGGCCAGGGAAGAGGAAGAGGAGCAAGAGGAAGGCGGCUCUGGGGCCUCCGGAGAACCCAAGAAGAAGGAGAAGUCGCUAGAUUCGGAUGAGAGCGAGGAAGAAGAGGGCGAGGACUAUCAGCCAAAGCACAAAGGAGUGGAAGGCAUGAUCGACAUAGAGAACCCCAACCGUGCGGUACAAACCGCUAAAAAAGUUACUCAGCUUGAUUUAGAGAGCCCGAGGGAAUUGUCGCGGAGAGAACGGUAAGAUCCCUCUGAGAUUGAAUGAAUGAAUGAAUGAA